AUGGUGAGCAAAAGACAGAGAGAUGCUCGCAAGAGAUUCAGAGCAGAAAACCCUGAACUGGUUAAACAGCCGACGCCGCCUAAGGACCCAAGCAAGAAGAAGGGAAAGAAGAGCACGUUCAAGCGCAAGAAAGCACCCAAUGGUCCAGACAAACCCACCAAAACUUCUCAUAGCAAACACCCACUUAGAGUCCCUGGUAUGAGGCCUGGGGAGAGCUGUUUCAUUUGUAAAGCCACCAACCAUAUCGCCAAGCUUUGCCCUGAGCGAGCUGGGUGGGACAAGCACAAGAUAUGUUUGUAUUGUCGACAACGUGGGCAUAGCAUCAAGGAUUGCCUGAACAAGAAUGAUGACACCGUGGCUUUGAAGUUAUGUUAUAAUUGUGGGGAAACUGGGCAUUCACUAUCUACCUGCUCCCUACCUCUUCAAGAAGGAGGAACUAAAUUUGCCAAGUGCUUCAUCUGUAACGAGACCGGUCACUUAAGCAAGGACUGCUCUAAAAAUACUCAUGGGAUUUAUCCAAAGGGUGGUAGUUGUAAGAUUUGUGGAGGCGUAACACAUUUGGCUAGAGAUUGUCCCAACAAAGGCAACAGAGAUUCAAUGGCUGUUGGCGGAGCUUUUCACUCAUGGAAUGAAAAUCAAAGGCCAAGAGGAAAGGUUACCAAACUUGUGAGUGGAGACGAUCUUGAUGAUGAUUUCAGUUUCGUGGAUAAGAAACGUGGUGGUGCAACAGACGAGUCAGUUGAUAUAGUUGGUUCUGCUUCUCAUGCGCAAGAAAGUCCUGCGGCGUCUGGCAUGGCUGUGAGUGAUGAAUGCAAACUCAAGUUCUUGGAGCUAAAAGCGAAGAGAAACCAUCGAUACAUCAUAUUCAAGAUUGAGAUUCAACAAGUGGUGGUAGAGAAGGUUGGUACCAAAGAAGAAACAUAUGACGACUUUGCGGCAUCCCUGCCUGCCGAUGAGUGCCGCUAUGCUGUCUUCGAUUUUGAUUUCACCACUGUCGAGAACUGCCAGAAAAGCAAGAUUUUCUUCAUUGCAUGGUCCCCUGAUACAUCAAAGGUGAGAAUGAAGAUGGUGUAUGCAAGCUCCAAAGACAGAUUCAAGAGGGAAUUGGAUGGCACUCAAGUUGAGUUGCAGGCAACUGAUCCUAGCGAAAUCAGCCUUGACAUUAUAAAAAGCCGAGCUCUUUAA